UGUAACUCUGUAAGCCGACUAGCAUUUGUCAGAUAACAAGAAAGGAACCUAUUAUCUUCUCUCACCCUGAAAGUCUGAAGUCUGAACGCUGCGCCGGUUGCGUUCUCCCUACCGUCUCCCUCUCACUCUCUUCUCUUCUCUCAGUUCUCUGGACUGUCCCGUCUCCCUCUCACUCUCGCCGCCUCUCUGGACGCCGCUGCCCGCAGAUCGCAGAGGAGGAAGAAGGAGAAUAAAGGAAUCUCGGAAACAUGGCACCUGCCCGGGAAUCGGAGGAUGAAAUUAAGGACGAGAAGAACCCUAGGCCGCUCGACGAGGACGAUAUUGCUCUCCUUAAGACAUAUGGCCUGGGACCUUAUUCAACAAGUAUAAAGAAAGCUGAAAAGGAAAUCAAGGAAAUGGCUAAAAAGAUUAAUGAUUUAUGUGGUAUAAAGGAAUCUGACACUGGCUUAGCUGCACCAAGCCAAUGGGAUUUGGUUUCUGAUAAGCAAAUGAUGCAGGAGGAGCAACCCCUUCAGGUGGCAAGAUGUACAAAAAUAAUCAAUCCUAAUACUGAAGAUGCAAAAUAUGUGAUAAAUGUCAAGCAAAUAGCAAAGUUUGUUGUUGGAUUGGGUGACAAAGUUUCACCAACUGAUAUUGAAGAGGGCAUGCGAGUUGGCGUUGAUCGGAAUAAAUAUCAAAUCCAGAUUCCUUUGCCCCCCAAAAUUGAUCCAAGUGUCACCAUGAUGACAGUUGAGGAAAAGCCUGAUGUGACCUACAAUGAUGUUGGUGGAUGCAAGGAACAAAUUGAAAAGAUGCGAGAGGUGGUUGAACUGCCAAUGCUCCACCCUGAAAAGUUUGUGAAGCUCGGAAUUGACCCACCUAAGGGUGUUCUCUGCUAUGGUCCUCCCGGAACAGGGAAAACACUACUGGCUAGGGCAGUGGCUAAUAGAACAGAUGCUUGUUUUAUCCGUGUCAUUGGUAGUGAACUAGUCCAGAAAUAUGUUGGUGAAGGAGCUCGGAUGGUUCGCGAACUCUUUCAGAUGGCACGCUCUAAAAAGGCUUGCAUUGUGUUCUUUGACGAAGUAGAUGCUAUUGGGGGAGCACGAUUUGAUGAUGGUGUAGGGGGAGACAAUGAAGUUCAACGGACUAUGCUUGAAAUUGUGAACCAGCUUGAUGGCUUUGAUGCACGUGGGAAUAUUAAAGUACUGAUGGCAACAAAUAGACCUGACACCCUUGAUCCAGCACUGCUGCGUCCUGGACGGUUGGAUCGCAAAGUUGAGUUUGGCUUGCCUGAUCUGGAAAGCAGGACACAGAUUUUCAAGAUUCACACGAGGACAAUGAACUGUGAAAGAGACAUCCGUUUUGAACUUUUAGCUCGUCUUUGUCCAAACUCUACUGGAGCUGACAUAAGAAGUGUUUGCACUGAGGCUGGAAUGUAUGCCAUUCGAGCACGAAGGAAGACUGUUACAGAGAAGGACUUUCUAGAUGCCGUCAACAAAGUCAUCAAAGGGUACCAGAAAUUCAGUGCCACUCCAAAAUACAUGGUCUACAAUUGAUCCUUCCUAUUUUUGUCACUUCACGUAAAAGAAAUGAAGGGUUCUGGUUCCAAAUUGAAACUUAUUAGCUGCAUAGCUGUCCCCUGACUUGUAUCAGAUCCCUCUCAUAAGAACUUGCAGCUACCUCUGAGUCUAAACUUUUUAUGCAGUUCUUUUAUUCAGAAGCUCCAUGUGUGAAAUCUCAACAUUUCUUCUCUUUUCUUGAAUUUAUUGGAUCUUCAUUUUUAGACAUA